UACCCGACACUGAGAAGAAGAGCAGGGAGCGGACAAAAGCCCCAGCCUCCAGAGCACCACCUCCUCAGCGCCUCUCCAAAUGGAGCUCUCCAUUCCUCCCACUCGUGUCCCUCUCCCAUCGCUCCUCUCUGCUCGAACCCCUUCCCCUCCCUCUCAUCCCCCCUCUCUCCUCCUCGUCCUCCCCCCGCCGCCCAAACCCCCCUCUUCCCUCUACAAAUCAGGAUUUGGGCGUCGGGACGUGCGGGCGCUGGCGUCGUCGGAGGAGGCAUCAUCGUGGACCUUCAUGUCGCUGGUGAACAAGAUGGAGGAGGAGAAAAAGGCGGAGGCAGGGGCGGUUUCAGGGGAGAAGGAGGGAGUUUCUGUCGUUGAUGGUGCUGGUGGUGACGGAGAGCAGAGCGAGUCUGCAGAGUUCUUGAACAAGCUCGACCUCAAGAUCCCUAAUGAUAUGGUGGUGAAUAAGAUCGAGGAGGAGAAUCCGGCAGAGGUGGAGGAAGCUUCAGAAAAGAAAGAGGGAGAGGCCUUUGUUGACGGUGGUGGUGACAGGGAGCAGAGCGAGUCUGCAGAGUUCUUGAACAAGCUCAAUCUCAAGUUCGACUUUGAUGACACUUAUUCCAUCGUCAUAUAUGGGACUGGUGCUCUACUUGCUCUGUGGUUGUUAUCUGCGGUUGUUGGUGCCAUCGAUUCCAUUCCUGUGUUCCCAAAGGUGAUGGAAGUGGUUGGUCUUGCCUACACAAUUUGGUUCAGCUACCGGUAUCUCAUCUUCAAAGAGAACAGGGAAGAAAUGUUUGCAAAAAUUGAAGAUCUCAAGAAGCAGACCAUUGGGACAACCGAUGAUUGAUAUAUGAGAGAAACUUUGUGCAGUUUUGUUUUUCAUACAUAGAUAUCAAACCAUAUGUUGUUAGUUCCAUUUAAUUGGAUUUAAUUGUGAUCAUUCUAGCAGUUUUAUAAAUGAUAAACAUAUUAUGCAUUUUUUUAACUUCUCA